CUUUGUCCUACACCUUGAAAACAAAAGACCAUGUCUCUUGACAAACGGCACGGCACAACCUUGUCAAAGGUGCAAACGACUCCAGGAAUGGCUGCUGGUGGCGGUUUCUACCUCCCACCCGAAAUUACAGAGCAGAUCUGUGAUUACCUCAAGGUUGACCAACGAUGGCACGAUGAGCCCAUCAGCCAUUCCACACAGUCCAACUGUCACGCCCUCCGUGACCUUUGUCUGACCUGCACCUGGUUCCGCUCCACCGCCACCCCGCGCCUCUACGAGUUCAUCAUCUUCAGACAGCCCUUGAACAAAUCACGGAGAGGCGAGGACCUCCUGUUAUUUCUGCGAACCAUGCUCGAGGCACCCUAUCUUCGCCCCUUGGUCAAGAAGAUGGCAUGUCUGAUCAACCUGCGCUCCUUUCGCCCUGUGCACUACCCAGAGACCCAUCACAUCGUCAACAUCCUUCAGCAUUAUAGGUUUGAGGAUGCCAUCAGGUGUCCAGAGACCAGCCCAGAGACGCAUCGCCUUCUCGUCAUCGCUGGUUUAAGUUGCCGUCGUGAUGGCACGAGCAGCUGCGCUUUUACGACACCCACAGCGGACUCCGACUGGACCGCCCCGAGGCUGAGAACAGGUGCCGUCCCAGUCGUGCAUCUGACAGAGAGGCUUCUCCCUGUUGUCAUGUGCCUCGUCCCAGCCCUGUCCUCCAUCACCUUCCGAGCACUGGUCGGAGAGGACAAGACACCACUCUACCACCGCAUGAACAGCGUCAUUGACCAGGUCCUGGAUGACCAGGUCCUCGCUCGCAUAGCCCUUCGUAAUGUCAUCUCAGCACAGAUUAUCUACACAGACCUCUACUCGCCCCAGUGUUACCUCAAGAGCUCCCACGCAGCCUGGCACGUCGACCUCGAGCUCCUCGCCAUAGCCUGCCCCAGCCUCCUCCGCCUGCAGAACCUGAAACGAAUAGGCAUCUGGGACGGCCACGAAGGCGCAGCACGCUUCGUCAGACCGACGGCGAUCGAAGUUACUCCAGACACUGUCGAUCUCGCCGUCCGCGUGCCUCUCGACUCUCAAAUCCUCCGCGAGGUGUGCAGGAUGUCUUGGAUCACGACCCUCAAGAUACAGGGCUUCCAGGAGGCACAGAGGAGGUUCAACUGUACCGAAAUCAGCAGGAUCCUGGUCAAGUACAUGCCGAACCUGGAGCGUCUUGACUUUCGCACUAUGCAGGAGUGGCCGACCACCCUUGUACAGGGGCGCCUGGAGGGGCUGGAGAGGCUGUCCAAGCUCAGGAUCCUCGAGACGGAAGCGCAGCUCCUCACGAGUGGCGGCGACCAGGAGGAGUUCCCUCAGGGGUACGAGAUCCAAAACGCCCUCCCCACGAGUCUGGCGUAUGUCAAGAUCUUUGACUACUGGGAGACGGGCUACAUGAACUACGGCUUCCUCUGCCACGAGCUGUGCGGCCUUUCCUUUAACUACAGGUCUCGUCUUGAGAACCUGCGCAGGGUCACGUACAUCCCUGACAGGCUGCCGCGGUACUACGAGGAGGAGGCGCAUGGGGUUAUGGGUCUGGUCGCUGAUGCCUUUUUGAAUGCUGGGGUUGUGUUUACGGUGCGGAAACGUGGGUACAGGCUGAUUAGGGACCGGCUGCACUGGUCGGGCAACCACUCACGGCACAACAAGGCGCUGAGACAGCCUUCGCCUUCUCCAUCCUGUGGGUACUGUGAGGAAGAAUGAGACCUGAAAGUGCCUGCAAGAGAACAGCAGAUUGAGUGAUCAUUUCUCUUUUAUUCCUGACUUAGUUGUUUCCUAGUCACUCGAAACGUCAGGCUGGACUGGCUUUGAUCUGACCGCUUGUUAAUAAAUAUUGAAGCACAAGGCAGAAUGGGAAGAUGUUCCUUCGAG